CGCCCUCCUCUCUGCCUGCUGUUCGCUUGCCCCGCAUCUCUGAAUCGCACCGCCCUCGACCACCAGCAGUGAUGGGCACCAAAGUCCAGCUCUAUGUCUACGACCUGUCCAAGGGCAUGGCCCGCAUGCUCUCGAUGCAGCUGACCGGCACCCAAAUCGAUGCCAUCUGGCAUACUGCCGUCGUGGUCAAUGGCCGCGAAUACUACUUUGGCUCAGGAAUCGAGGUUUCUAUGCCGGGGCAAACCCACCUCGGGCCGCCACAGGAGAUUGUCGACAUGGGCGAGACCAUGCUGCCCGAGGACGUUGUUGAAGCUUUCGUCGAGUCAAUGAAGGAGAUUUACACUCCAGACAAAUACCAUCUGCUCGAAAACAACUGCAACAGCUUCUCGAACGAGUUCUGCAACUUUUUGGUUGGCAAGGAUAUUCCUUCACACAUUACCGGGCUGCCGGCCCAGUUCUUGAGCACCCCGUUUGGCCAGUCACUUCGUCCCUUUAUUGAUAACAUGUUCAGGCCCAACAUCCAGCCCACAGCGCCAGCCCCACAGGCCGCCUCCGCCUUCCAGCCGUCUACCACCGCCCAACAAGCUCCGGCAAGCGUCUCAACAGCGACUGCCGCCGCGAUCCUGCAACCUAUCCUCUGCACAGCUUCGAGUCUGCCCGAGCUCGACGCCAUUCUUGCACGGCACCGGUGCGUGGUGGUUGACUUUACCUCGAUGACAUGCCCUCCAUGCCGAGCGAUUGCGCCAGAAUUUGAGCGGCUGCUGGAAGAGCAUCAGAGAUACAAGCCUGUUGGUGUGCGCUGCGUUACGCUGCCCCGUCCCAUGAUUGUCGGCGUCAAAGUAGAGGUGGGCACAGCCCGGGAUAUUGCCACCCGAUACGGAAUCACUGCCACCCCGACGUUUGUAUACUUUUUGGAUGGAAAGCAGUUUGCCGAGUUCAAAGGCGCCGACCGCCACGAGCUGAGGAGCAACAUGGAGCUCCUUUUGUAUACUGCAUAUCCUUCGCAUCCACACGCCCGAGUUGCGACGCCGACGCUGGAGGCGGCCGGGAGAUCAACGGUCUUGUUUGUCCAGUCAUCGCAGGUGGAAGCAAUCUUCAAGAAGCUCAAGGAGUUUGUAUCGCCGGAUGACUGGGCUCGGCACGAGUCCCAACUCUUUGGACUUCAGAGAGCCUUGGGCGAGCACAAGGGAGGCCGAAUCGGCGAGCGAGAAAAGCUCAAUCUCCCCCCGGACUGGCACAUUCCCAUCGAGCAUCUCCUUUCGACUCUCCCUGUCGACAAGCUGUUUCCGCUUCUGGAUAUCGUCAGAAUCCUCAUCCUCGAUGACCAAGUGCGCUCGUUCUUUGUGGACAAGGAUCCGAACAAUACGCUUAUGAAGCUUUUCUACCGAUUCGGGAGUAUUGGCAGCGAAGGAACAGCAGUGCCUCGCACCGUGCAUCUCAUGCUGCUCCGUGUGGCAUGCAACCUGUUCUCCUCUCCUGCAGGCGUUGCCUUUGUCCUGGACACCCAAAAAGAGCUACCGGCUCACAACGUUGCCCACAGGAACAUCACCACGGCUGUGCUCAUCGAAACCCUGCUCUCGGACGAUAUUCAGGUGAAGCAAGGCGCCUCUGCCCUGUGUCUCAACAUCGCACUCGAGGAGCGCAAGCUCCGCACAAAGCUCCUGGAAUCUGCUGGUGCUACAGGCACGGCAUCCCUCCCGAUGGAGGAUGAGGAUGAGAUACUCCACGAGGAAUGGUGUUGCGAGGUCCUGGCCGCUGCGCUUCAAGCCCUCAUUGGCACCCGAGACGACGAUGCACUCAUUCGUCUUGCCUCUAGCGUUGCUCACAUUGUGAGAUAUGGCACCCCGACGCUGAUUGAGCUGGGCAGCACUCUCGUCGAUACGGCGGCGCUGGACAAGCUCAAAGCCGAGAAGCGAGGCGAGGCCCAGACCAGGGCACUGGCUGCGGAGCGAGAAAAGGCCGGCAAGGCUGCUAAGCUCUUGGGUGAGCUUUCGGAGCUUUUGACUGUCAGUUAAUGGCCCUGGUGGACUGAGCCAGCCGGCUGUUCUUGGCUGCAUCUAUGCUGGAAAUUGUUCUCUGAAAGUUUUAUUGAAAAAUAAGAAACGGGCGAAGCAAUCUUUUUGAACAAAC